AUGGUUAAAGCAACCGAGGUACAGCAUAGUGAUUCCAUCACUCCUGCUGAGGCAACUGCCAAUCAUGGUCAAAAAACCGCAACCGCAGAUCUUGAGACUGCCAACUAUGCCCAAGAUGCCCCGAUCGAAAUUGACGACAAGACAAACAAGGAGCUUUUCUGGACUGUAAACAGGCGCAUCCUAGCUUGCAUGCUCGGAACAUACUUCUGCCAAUCUUUGGACAAGGGCACGCUUGGCUUUUCGUCUGUCAUGGGUAUCCAGGAAGAUGCCAAUCUCCACGGACAGCAGUUCUCAUGGCUAGGAACAAUCCUCUACAUGGGAGUUCUCGUCGGCGAAUAUCCUACCAACUUUCUGCUUCAAAAGCUACCUGUUGCCAAGUACUUGGCGACCAACGUCUUCUGUUGGGGGGUUGUGAUUGCCUGUUCUGCGGCUGCUAAGAACUUUGCAAGCCUCAUGGUAGUUCGCUUUCUUUUGGGUAUGUUUGAGUCAUGCGUUCAGCCGGCCUUUAUCAUCAUGACGAGUAUGUGGUACACAAAGCGGGAACAAAGUAUCUUGACAUCUCUCUGGUACUGCAUGACUGGAGUUCAGCUCAUGGUUGGUGGCAUCAUUGCAUGGGGAGUGUCUCACUACAAGGAUGGAGUCAUCUAUCCUUGGCAACUACUGUUCCUCGUCCUUGGACUACUCACCUGUGUCUGGGGCGUGUUCAUCGGUUGGUGGCUGCCCGAUUCUCCCAUGAAAGCAAAGUGCUUCAACGAAGACCAGAAGCGGCUCAUGGUUGAGCGUGUUCGUGCCAACGAGACCGGUAUCCAGAACAAAUCUUACAAGCGGUAUCAGGCCAUCGAAGCAGCCACGGAUCCCAUUGUUUGGUGCUAUGUUAUGCUCCAACUCACCUCUACUCUGAUCAUCGGCGGUCUGGGUGUCUUCUCGAAUCUCAUCAUUUCCUUCUUCGGAUUCACCUAUCUCCAGACCCAGCUUCUCAACAUUGCCCAGGGUGCUGUGACAAUCGUAGUCAUGGUCGGAAGCGCCACACUUGCAACAGCCACGGGGCAGACUGCAUGGGUGAUGCACGCGUGGACAAUCCCUCCUAUCAUUGGAACUGCCAUCAUCUACAGCAUACCUCCGACAUCUUCGAACCGCGUCGGUCUACUCAUCGCCUUUUACUGUACACAAUUCUAUCUCGCCGAGGGAAACCUGAUCUUUUCCCUGAUCUCUCGCAACAUUGCCGGCCAGACAAAGAAGUCUACCACGCUGGCCAUCACCUUCGUGGCUUGGGCUGCUGGUAACAUGACCGCCCCACAGAUCUUCCAAAAAUCUGAUUCGCCUCGUUAUGAGAAAGGGUUUACAGCGCAUUUCUGUCUAUACGUUCUCUUCAACAUUUUCCUUGUCAUCCUUCGGCUCUUGUUGGUUCGCCGUAAUGCCAACAAGAGAAAGGCGGCUCUGGAAGCGUCUCCUGCAGUCGAUGAUAGUGGCAAGCAAACUGAGAGUGACCAGUUGGGACACCUGAAUGCCUUCGCAGAUUUGACAGAUAAGGAGAAUCCUGACUUCAGGUACGACUUCUGA